AUGGCUCUCAGCUGGAGAUCAACCCGCCAUGUUUCCAAGCUCGCCCAGGCAGCACGGCCAGUCCUCUCGCGUCACUAUGCGACCGCGGAGCCGGAUCUGAAAACCACCCUCAAGGAAGUCAUUCCGGCUAAGCGGGAACUCCUUCAAAAGGUAAAGGCACAGAGUGACGAAGUAAUUGGAGAGGUCAAGGUAGGCAAUGUUAUCGGUGGCAUGCGUGGUUUGAAGGCCAUACUCUGGGAGGGUUCUGUCUUGGACGCCGACGAGGGAAUUCGUUUCCACGGCAAGACAAUCAAGGAUUGCCAACAGGAGCUCCCCAAAGGCACUACUGGUACCGAGAUGCUUCCUGAGGCCAUGUUUUGGCUUCUAUUGACUGGCCAGGUGCCUUCUACGGGACAAGUCCGCGCAUUCUCUCGUGAAUUAGCCGAGAAGUCCGACCUUCCCCCUCAUAUUCUCGGCUUGAUCAAAUCUUUCCCUUCGAACAUGCACCCCAUGACCCAGCUUUCAAUUGCUGUGGCAGCCUUGAACACCGAAUCCAAGUUUGCCCAAGCCUAUGAGAAGGGUAUCAGCAAGGCCGACUACUGGGAACCCACCUUUGAUGAUAGCAUCGCCUUACUUGCCAAAAUCCCCCGAGUAGCUGCACUCGUCUUCCGCCCCAAGGAGAUCGAUGCUGUUGGUAACCAGAAGCUGGACGCCGCUCAAGAUUGGUCACACAACUUUGCCGAGUUGCUCGGCAAGGGUGGUGCCGAGCACGGUGACUUCCAUGAUCUUCUGCGUCUUUACCUCGCGCUGCACGGUGACCACGAGGGUGGCAAUGUGUCUGCCCACGCAACCCACCUUGUUGGCAGUGCCCUGAGCGAUCCCUUCCUCAGCUACAGUGCUGGUCUCCUUGGCCUUGCCGGUCCUUUGCACGGCUUGGCUGCACAGGAGGUUCUCCGUUGGGUGAUCGCUAUGCAGGACAAAAUCGGAACAAAGUUCACCGAUGAGGAUGUCCGUACAUAUCUCUGGGACACUCUUAAGUCCGGUCGCGUUGUGCCUGGCUACGGCCAUGGUGUCCUGCGCAAGCCCGACCCUCGCUUCGAGGCUUUGAUGGAAUUUGCCGCUACUCGUCCUGAUGUUCUGGCCAACCCAGUGUUCCAGCUGGUGAAGAAAAACUCUGAAAUCGCCCCUGGUGUGCUUACCGAGCACGGAAAGACUAAGAACCCCCACCCCAACGUCGAUGCUGCCAGUGGUGUGCUCUUCCACCACUACGGCUUCCAACAGCCCCUUUACUACACUGUUACUUUCGGUGUCAGCCGUGCCCUUGGUCCUCUUGUCCAAUUGAUCUGGGAUCGUGCUCUGGGCAUGCCCAUCGAGCGUCCUAAGAGCAUUAACCUCCUGGGCCUGCUCAAGAAAUAA